AUGGCAUCGUUUCCGUUCGUCAUGACCGCCGACUCGCUCGCCAAAAUCGUGAUGCCCAAUACGAACAGGUACGUGCACAUUUCCGUUGCUUUCGGCUAUUGUAUGACUAUUGUAUGACAAAAUUUAAAUUGCAGAUCGUCGAGCUCGUCCUCAUCUCCGUCCACAUCAUCAUCCACGUCGUUCUCGAUUGACACGUUGCUUUCGAAUCCGCUGGCGGCGAUCCCACAACUUCAGCCACACCAUUUCCACGAUUCGUUCGGAGGACCGGUCCCCUGGCAGUUUCACCCGACGUAUCCGUUUGUUUGUGAGUUCGAUACCUAGUUUGCACGCUUUUUUUGAAACCUACAAUAUCGGUUUUUCCGCUCGAAACGCAACACGUCCACUUUGAACGAAUAUUGUCGGAUUCUGACGAGCCGUAGGCAUCUGAAAUUUUUCCAGUGAACACUUGACGCCUUGUACGGUUUUUUUGUAGUUGACACUUUUUCCGUACAAUCAUUUCCUCGGGUACUGUAGUCCCUGAAAGUUCGCGCUGACCUUCAAGUAGCUCCAAACUUCUAAGCGCUACAGUACUCUUAGAAGUGGUGUUAGCAAAAAGUUGUCAACUGCAAAAUUAUAGUACUAAACGUGAACUUGAUUUUUGUAGUUGACAACUUUUUGGCGCCAUCACUCCCUGGAGUACUGUAGCUUCAAGAAGUUGGCGCUAGUCAAAGUAAUUCACCGCCAACUUCCAAGCGCUACAGUAUCCCAUGGAAUGGUCCUAGAAAAAAGUGAUCAACUAGAAAAAUGUUCUACUAGAUGUCAAAAAUACGUGUAAAACUUUUCAAAACACUAGCACAUUUUCUAAGCCUACAAUAUCCGGUUUUGCAGCAAUGCUCUGCUCUCCACUUCUUCCCUCCUUCAUGCCGCCCUACCAACACUACGUUUCGCGACGAAAACGUCGUCAUCGGACAAUAUUCAGUGAAGAACAGUUGAAUAUUCUCGAAAGUACCUUCUCCUCGACACACUAUCCGGAUGCGACGACUCGGGAAGAGCUGGCCGUUCAGUGCUCUUUGAAGGAAGAGCGAGUUGAGGUGAGAGUGUGCAAAUUGCCGUAAAAUGUGGUGUACGGCUACUUAGAGGUCUAAUCUAAAUAUUAUCCUUUUCUAAUGAAUCCCCACCCUUUAAUUAAUUAUUUUUGUGCGGCGGCGGGUAACCUGCUGUUGCUCGCCGAAUCCCCGGCCGUUUUUUGUAUAGUACUAAAGCGCUAUGGUUCUAGAAACAUUUUUUGGGAAAACUUGACAUUUAGUACUGUAUUUUUGCAAUUGAUGACUUUUCUCUUCGACCACUCUCGCGAGUACUGUAGUUCUUUGAAGUUGGAUUUCAACGCCAACUUCCAGAAACUACAGUACUUUUAGGAGUGGUGCUACAAAAAAGGUGUCAACAACAAAAAUAAAGUACUAGUUACGAACUUCAUUUUUGUAGUUGACAACUUUCUCGUAUCACCGCAUCUAAGUGUACUGUAGCGCUUGGAAGUUGGGACCUUCUCGAAGCCAGUUCUUUUCAGCGCCAACUUUCAAGACCUACAGUACUCCAGGCACUGGUCGUACAAAAAAAGUGUCAACUACAAAAACCAAGUACCAGAUGUCAAGAUUUCGCAAAACAAUUUCUAGAUCCGUAACCCGUCUCGAAACUCUACAAUACUCAUUCAAAGUUGAUCAAUUUCCUUUCGCUUUCCUCUCAAACGAACAAAGAAACAAGCUGGUUGCAAAGUGUCGCUUUGGUUGCAAAUUGUCAAAUCCUUUCCGAAUAUUGUCGGUCUAAUUAAUGAGAAGGAAGAGGAAGAAGAAGAAGGAGAAGAAGAAGAAGAAGAAGCGUUCGGCGAUUAUCCGCAUCAGCGAACCGCCCAUAUUCUCGCCACUAAAUUUCUUAAUUGAUACCUAUCUUAUUACCCUUUUCCUUUCUCUUCACCUGUUGUUACACAUCAAGACCCCCAACCUCCCAAAAAAAAAUUGAAAACCCAAGCUACAGUAACCCUCAUUUUUUCCAGGUUUGGUUCAAAAAUCGACGAGCAAAAGAGCGCAAGCAGAAGAAGGACGAUAAUCGAACUUCCAAGGUUGGUUUAUUGAUUUUUCGGUUGAAAAUGUUGAAAAUGUCGAAAAAUAAGUGAUUUAUAGUAUGUGUACCGAAAAAAAACAGUGAAAUACACUUUGAAAAGUGGAUAAUAGCAAGGAGUCGAAAAAUUCGAACCUUGAGAAAUUGAUCAACUUUGAACGAAUAUUGUACGCUUAGACAAUGUUGUAUGGGUCUGAAAAUUUUUUUGUGAAAACUUGACAUCUAGUACUGCAUUUUUGUAGAAGACUCUUUUUUUGUACGACCAGCGCCUGGUGUACUGUAGCUCGUGGAAGUUGGCGCUGAAACGCGCGGGCUCCAAGUAGCCCUCAACUUCCGAGCGCUACAGUACCCCAGGGAGUGGUCCUAGAAAAAAGAUGUCAACUGCAAAAUUAUAGUACUAGACGUGAACUUGAUUUUUGUAAUUGACACUUUUUUGAUACAACUACUCCCUGGUAAACUGUAGUCCUGAGAAGUUGAGCGCCGCUUCAAGGCCGCUUAUUUCAAUGCCAACUUCCAAGCGCGCUACAGUACCCCAAGGACUGGUCCUAGAAAAAAGUGAUCAACUAUGCAUGUACUCUACUAGGUCUCAAGUGCCCCAAAACGCAUUUUCAGACCCGUUGAACAUCGCAAAACUCUACAAUACUCGUUCAAACUUACGCCCCCCCCCCCCGCGGACAGCUAUUGUAAAUUUCCGCUUUUUUGCAGCUCUCCGACGAGUCGGAAUGCGACGAAAGCGACGAGGAUUUGCGAAAAGUGAAGCGGAUAAAAAAGGAGGAGGAGGCGGAGAAACCGAGCAAAGAGUCGAGUUCGCCCGAGUCGAAAGUGUCGAAACAUUUAGUAAAAUCUGAAAAUUGA